CGGAGCGCUCCGGAGUCACCGCAAUUCAUCGCGACUUAACGCAGCCUCCGCGGAGCAGCGCAGGAAGCAGCAACGCCUAUCACAAGCAAGCACCCAUGCACGGAUACCGCGCCGUGCGCCCGCGCCUGCAUGGCUUCGCCGCUGGCGCGCUUCCACAAUACACACCGCGGCCCCUCUCUACCGGACCAGUGCACCCGCCUCCGCCUUUCCUUGCUUCCGACCCCUCGACUUCAACACCAGCCAUAGAUUCAGCUGCCUCUGAAGCCGACGGCUCCCGCGUGUGGCUUCCUGAGCUUGUGGAGCGCUACGCGCGCUUCCUGCCGCCCAACGAGGUGGCGCUGACGCUGCGGCUGGUGUGCCGCGCCACGGCGUCUCAGUUCCGCGGCGGACAGCACACCAUCAUCCGUCUGUCGCAACCCUGCCCGCCGGCCGAAUUCGCGGCGCACUGGGCCGACGUGCAGUGGCUGCGGGCGCUGCCGGGGGUGCGGCGGCGGCAGCUGCUGCAGCUCACGGCGGCGGCGGGAGUGCUGGACAACCUAUGGCUGCUGCUGCAGGCGCACCCGGAGCACUGUCCGCUCGCAUUGGAUGUCAUAGUGGCGGCGGCGGAGGCGGGGCAGGCUCACCUGGUCCCGCCACUGCUGGAGCUCUACGCCCAGCAGCAGCUGCCACAGCCCCAGGACAUAGACGACGCCGCUGCCGGGCUCGGGCCAAGGCCCGGAGUAGCUGGCGUUGCUGCCGCAGCAGGUCCGCCACAUGUGACAGUUGUCGGCGGCGCCCGCCUGCCGGCCUGCGGGCUGCUCCCAGUGCUGCGCGCGGCGGCGGCGGCGGGGGAGCGCCCGCUGCUGCAGUGGCUCUUGGAGCUGCUGGCGACCCCGGCUACGGCCCCGGCUACGGCCCCGGCUGCAGCCGACAGGCCGCACGGGCACGGCGGGCACGGCGGGGACGGACAAGGCCGGCCGGCGCGCAACGGGGCGGGUGCUGCUGGCCCCAGUACCAGCCGCAGCGGUGGCAGCAACGCGGCGGGCGGUGCUUCUUGCGACAGGGGUGGCAGCAGUAGCAGCAGUGAUGAUGCGGGGACCCGGCCGGCUUGCGAUUCACGCGGGCGGCGCGGCCGCGCCGCUGCACGUCACGAUGACGCCUCGCUUGCUGCCGCUUACCAAGCGACUGCCGGCGCGGCGGCGGACGGCGGGCAAGAAGAGCUGCUGUGCUGGCUGGUGGCGCACACACCGGCAACAACUUCGCCGGCGCAGUCUGCAUCCGGGGGCAUUGCUGCCGCGGCAGUGCAGCCGCCGGCCCUGCCUCGCCGGCUGCUGGAACGGCUGCUGGUGGCGGUGGCGGGCGGCAGCGGCAACGCCGGCUCCCUGCAGCGGCUACUGUUGGCCUGGCUGCAGCGUAGCCCGCCUCCUCCUCAGCUUGCUGCACCGCCGGAUGGCGGAGAGGCGCCAGUGAACCCCGGCGGCAGCACACCGGAGGCCGCAGGCCUAGCACGCCCCAGCACACAGCACGCGAGCCCAAACCGCGGCGCACAUCGCCCACACGCGGGCACCGGGGCGGCGGCGACACAGCCAGCCGGGCCGCCGCCGCCGCCGGCGCCGCCAGCUGCGCAGCCUCUGUCCAGCUCAGACGUGAGCACGCUGUUGCGGAUGGUGGCAGCCGCCGCCGCCAGCCGCGCGGCCGACUGGCGAGACAAGGUGCAGCUUUUGGAGUCCUACCUGCCGCCACCACCACCACCACCACCGGAGCCGGGGCUGGGGCCGAGGACGGUGCACACAGCUGGCACCGGAGCCAGCAGGCCCCAGGGCAGAGGCAGCGAUGGAGGUGGCGCCGAUGGCCGUAGCAGCAGUCGCACGGGCGCCAUCACCACCUCUCUGGCCAUCAACGCCGCCGUCUCGGCGCCGGAUGCCGCAGAGCGGCUGCGUUGGCUGCUGCUACGCAGCCGUGAUGAUGGAGGCGACGAUCCGUUGCCACACAUGACACACGCCGCUAAGAUGCCGCCCGCAAGUCUUGGCCGUGACAGCGGCGCACGUAGCGACAGCGGCGACAGCGGCAGCGGGCGCGACGAGAGGGCAUCCGAGGAAGGCUUGCAUGGUGUAAGCGACGCUGCUGCUGCCAUAGGUAGCGGCGCUCCGCCGGCACCUGUUGCUUCUCGCCGCGAGGCUUGUCGAGGUCCUCAGGCACCUGUUGUUGUCCACGUGCCCGACACGGUGUCCCUGCUUGAUGCGGCGCGGUGCGGCGCGGCCGGCGUGCUGGGGCUGCUGCUGCCGGCGCUAGACUCGGCGGCGGCGCAGGCGGCGGCGGAGGAGGGGCUUGCCGAGGGCCGGGAGCGCACACUGCAGCUCAUGCAAGUGCUGGCGGCGUCAGAGGGGCGCAUAUGCUUCCUGCAGGAGAUGGUGGCUGCCGGGCUGCAGGUGCCGGCGUCGCCAGACGUGCUGGUGGCGGCGUGUGGGUCGGGCCGGGUGGAGGCGGUGCGGUGGCUGCUGGAGCACAUGCAGAAGCGGCCGGGGACACCUCAGGACCCUGCGUCGCCGCUGGCUCCGCACCUGGGCACGGAGCUGCGCCGCGACUGCGCCGUGGCCGCCGCCAGCUCGGGCGCCGUGGAGGUGCUGGAGCUCCUGCGCGACGCCGGGAUGCUGGUGGACCUGCGGCCGCCGCACCCCCACCAGCAGCAACACCUGCAGCGGCAGCGGCAACGACAACAGCAGCAGCAACAGCAGGAACAGCAGGAGCUGCCACAUGGCGCAGAGGCAGGCGGCGCAACAGCGUACGGCAGUGACGCCGCUACCCUCACUGGGCAAGGCGGAGCUGUAGUGGCUAGCAGUGAUGCAGCGCCCGGCAGUGCUGGCUCUCCGGCCGGCUGCAUUCGUCCCAACAGCGGCCCGCAAGGUGAUGACGGCAGCCCGGCAGCAGGCAACGAUGGCGCGGCAGCUGGAGCGGACAACCCAAGCACGGAAGGUGGCUCCCGGGGGCCUGGUGGCAGCGAGUCCGGGCGCGACUGCGGCCCCCUUGCCUGGGGCCCAGAGCUGCUGUUGGCCGCAGCCAUAUCCGGCUGCGAGGCGGCAGUGGAGUGGGCGGUGGCGCAUGGCUGCCCCGUGGUGGACGACGGCGAGCCCUAUGAGCAAGUAGCUGGCGAGGAGCCGCUGUGCCUGCCGGUGCUGCGCCUGCUGCGGCGGCUGGGACACGGCUGGGGCGCGCCCAACCGCGUCUUCCGCGCCGUGCUAGCGCCGCGGUACCAGCCGCCGCUGUGCCGCACGCCCGCCACGCUGCGCCUGGCGGCGCUGCGGUGGCUCCUGGACAGCGGUUGCCCUGUGGAGUGGGACUGGGCGGUGCGGGUGGCGCAGCAGCCGCAGCCGCUUCUGGCAGGCGCACUGGCGGACACCGUGGCGAGCUGGGUGCUGAGGGAGGCGGCAGCUCGCGGCUUUGAGGUUGCGCCUAGGUUGGAAUUGAGGCACGCUGACGGGGGAUGAGCGUGAUGGUGACAAGGGACACCAAAAGGCGUUCAAGGUAACAGGCGCCUAGGUUGGAAUACGCCAGGCACUGGAGGCGCCAAGAAGCUAUGGGCAAGGCCUGAAGGGCAAGCGUGUCGGCGUGGGUAACGUCACUAACUGCGACGUAAGUCUAGUCAGAGCGAACUGGAGAAGGCCGGUUAGGUGCAGUGCUUCAUACGCAUUAGACAAGGAAGGCGGCUCUCGUCCGAUGAUGCGGCUGGAGCUGCACGGAGGAGGUCAAGCAUUCUAGCAAGCCUGCACGGAUGCAUGGAUGCGGGGCGGUUGGGUCACAUUUGAUAGUUGGUAUUGCUAGCUAGUCUUGCACGGGGCAUUGCGUAUACUGCACAGCCGUACUUAUGCAUUCUUGCUUGGCGUGUGCCGCUCUGCAUCGAUAACUUUAAUGCCUGGCGCGUGCCUUCGUGCUGGCGGCACUGCCCUGCGCGUGGUCACAAUACCAUGCCAAUACUGGCAACGCAAGUUGCGGGGAAACGAUUGACUUGUUAUUGUUCAGGCAGUUAUUUUGGAUGGGGUUGGCGUGCGCGGGCUGAAGCCUGCAUCUGGGGUCAGGCUGGGCCCCACACGCGCGUGUGGAUCGUGACGCGUGCGGCAGGUGGGGCCAUGGGAGCCCGUAAUCUU